AUGAAAAGGGUAUUAUCUCCAGAAAGAACAAUGAUUGCUUUAUAUGAUUUAGAUAAACCUUAAAAUUAGUCAUAAAGAAGUUUUAUAGUUUAAUCGAAUACUAUAAUUGGGGAUCUUUUGAAUUAGAUUAAGUAAAAUAUCGAUGAAAAUUAUGACAUUUAAUUGUUUUUGGAAAAGGAUAAAUAAUUUGAUGGAAGUCCAAAUACUUUUGUAAUGAACAUUCUCAAAAUAUUACCCACUAGAACUUUUUAUUAUAAAAAGGUUUUGUGUCAAAAAAAUUCUUCAUAUUAGUUAUAAAAAUCUUAGUAAUAUUAGAAUGAAAUCUAAAUUAAUGAGAUUAAAAACAGGAAUAACAAUAUUAACAUUCAAUAACAAACCACCACACAAGGAGAAUAUUAAUUUGGUAAACCAAUAAAUAAUCAAAAUUAACAAGACUAAAUUGGUAUUACAAAGAAUUAAUAAGGAUAUGGACCUACUUAAAACAAUUAUGCUAAAAAGAUACUAAUAAAAGCAGAAGAAAACCUUACUUAGGUUUCAAGGCCAUAGAAUUUAACAAAUACUUAAAAUAAAUAAUCAAAUGCAUUUGCAGCUGACAAUCUAAAGUAUUUUAUUUAUCUAUAAAGGUAUUAAUCUUAAUCUCAGAUUUAUUCGAAUUAAAUUCAAUCCUAAUUAUCAUUUUAAGAUCCUUUUUUGUUAUAAAAAGAGAAAUAAUAAAUAGAUUAAUAGAACUAAGACUUAAAACAACAAGUCAUUAAUCUUAAGUAAAAAUGAUAUAAUUUACUAGUUCUAAAAUAAAAACGUAUGAAGGGACGAUAAGGGAUUUAUAAAAUCAAAUGGAAAAGAUAAAGUCAGAAUCUUAAUAGAGUAUGUAAAAUUUAUAAGAUAAAUCUUAUUUAGCCAAUAGUUUUAAUAUAAUAAUUCUAAACUUAAAGAAGAGAAUGAUAAAUUAAAAGAUGAAAAUGAAAAAUUAAAGAAUGAAAAUUAAAGGUUAAAAAAUGAAAAUAAUACCUUUUAAAGAAAUUUUAUAGAAUCGUAAGCUAAACAGUAACAAUAAAUUGAUGAAUCGAAAGUUUACUAUAAUAACCAACAAAAAUUAAGGGCUUAAGAAAUAAAUCCUUAAGAAAAAACAAAAGAAUAGAUUUCUCUCUCAAGUUCAUAGAUAUCCUAGUCUUAAUAUAGUAUUUUAAAUAUUAUUAAUAUAAGACUAUUAAUCUAAAGUUUAUAGAAAUAAGUGUGGCCAUUUAAUAGAUAUUUCUUACAUAUCAGCCUAACUAAGUUAGGCAAUUACAAGCAAAUCAAAAGCUUUAUGCAAUCAGUGCAUAUUACCUAUUUAAUCAAAGCUGUGCUUAUUGUUUGAAUAUGGGAAACAGUACUUAGAAACAAAAAAUUCACAAGACCUUUGGCAGCUUUUUAAUAAUCUAAAGAGAAGGUAGUUCAUAUCUCAGGAAAAAUUAGUAAAAUGUUCAACUUAAAGUUGUCAAUUCUUUUGCAUUUGGAACUAAAAUUUAAGGUAUAUGCAAUAAAUAAAUGGAUUUUGCCCCUAAUGUUUAAGACAUACUUUCAAUUACAAUGAACUAUCAAUGUCAAUGUAUUAAACACCAUAAUAAAAUAAUUAUAAUUAUAACUAGUAAUAGUAAUAGUAAUAGUAAUGGAAAUCAUUUAAUUGA